GGGAGAAACCCUACGAGUGUUCUCACUGUAAGAAGAGGUUCUCUCACUCCGGGUCCUACAGUUCCCACAUCAGCAGCAGGAAGUGCAUCGGCUUGAUCUCGCGGACCGGAUCCAAACCUGGAUCCAGACCCGGGUCCUCCCCCAGCUCCAGCACCUCCUCCCCGGGGAGCCCGGCCCUCGCUCAGCUGAGACACAAGCUGGAGUCCCGGGGGCCCCUGGAGCAUCGGGGGCCCUUGGAGCACCCCGAACAGCAGCCGGACAUCAAGGCCGAGCCGCUGGACUUCAACGAGUACCGGCUCCUGAUGGCCCAGCACGGGUUUGGGGGUCCGGGGGUCUACUUGAACGGGGGGGUCCACAGCUCCUCCCAGAACCCCCUGCUGGGCCUGGGGGGCCGGGGGGGGCUGGAUCUGCUUGGCCUGGGGAACCUGUGCGAGGUCCAGAAGGUGCUCCAGAUCGUGGACAACACGGUGACCCGGCAGAAGGUGGACGGGAACCCGGAGGAGGUCCAGAAGCUCCGGGCCUACAUGAAGGAGCUGGGGGCCCAGAUGGAGGGGGGGGGCAGCCCCACCAAGACCAUCAUGGACUUUACGCUGCAGAAGGUGAACGAGGCCAGGAACCUCAUCGAGUCCAAGAGGAACUUCAAGAAGGAGAAGCCCAGCCACUUGGGGGGGGGGGAUCCAGACGGGCAGAACCACUUCCUGUUCUGCUGCCAGUUUUGUAAGCAGGCCUUCCCAGGGCCCAUCCCGCUGCACCAGCACGAGCGGUACCAGUGCCGCAAGAACCAGGAGAUCCAGGCGGUGCUGCAGCCGGACAGCAGCCCCCCCGAGGGGUCCACCACCGAGACCGCCACCAGCCCUCCCCACCCCUUCAAAGACCUGGUCUCCCUGCUGAGGAACUACUUUGCACUGAACAGCGAUCCCAGCCCAGACCAGCUGCUCCGGAUCUCCCUCGCUGUGGGGCUCCCGCAGGACUUUGUGAGGGAGUGGUUCUCCCAGUGGAGAAACCAGAACCAGCAGGGGGGGGGUCUGAAGAGGAAGACCCCGACCCCAGACCUCUGCCGGUCCCCCAUGAUGCACUUCACUAACGGAGACGCCUCCCAUAGACUCAGUAAGACCUCCAGGCCGACCGGGGGGGAUGCUCUGGACCCCCUGAGGACCGACACUCCCUCCCCCCUCAACCUGUCCUCCACCUCCUCAAAGACCUCCUACACCCCCAACAGCCUGGCCUCAGACGACCCCCCUGGGGACUCCCCCCUCGACCUGUCGCUGCCCAAACACCUGGUCCAGAAGUUGCUGUCCAAGAGGCCCCGGGUCAACGGGUUCAGUGAGGACCUGGUCCACAUCAAGAAGGAGGUCUCGGAGGGGGGCUCCAGUCCCCUGUUGGGAAGGAACCCGUUCUCCGGAGGUCCGGUCUACUCCUCGCUGCACCCCCACGGAGCUUUCCCUCCACCCAGCUUCCUCUCCGCGGCCCAGGUCCCGGGCCUCAGCUCGUACCCAGGUCUGGACCCCCUGAGCUUCCUGCCCCACAUGGCCUACAGCUUCAGCUCCUUCAACGACAUCCAGCAGAGGAGGAAGUACCAACGGAAACCUGGGUUCCAGGUGGAUUUUCCUGACGGGGACUUCCUGCUGGACGAUGUGUCGGACAGGAAGCUGAAGAAGACAGAAAGCGGUACGUACGCCUGUGAACUCUGCGACAAAACAUUCCAGAAGACCAGUUCCCUCCUCAGACACAAAUAUGAGCACACAGGUAUAUAUCCCACACACUUAUAUAACCGCCCCCGUGCACCUUCCUCGAUAUACCUGAUAUGCUAUUAUAACUUCGUCUACCCCCCCCCCCCACUUCUGAAUAUCCCUCCACAGCUUAUUAUUAGCCGGUACAGUUUUUAAAAGAACAUUUAAAAAUAUGUCAGAAAAUAAACAUUACAGUAAAAUUAAAACAAAAUCUUAUUUGCAAAGAUAAAUUCUGCAUAUCUGUAGAAAAAAACAGAAACAAUAAACUUAGACACAAUAACAACAGCUGCCUAUAGUGCUGAGCUAGCUAAUGUAUGUUAACGUACGCUAAUGUAUGUUAACGUAUGCUAAUGUAGGCUAACGUAGCUAAAUAAAGUAGCUCCUCUGCAUGAUGCUAACUAGUUAGCUAUGGCUAGGUGUUUUAACUUUAACAGCUCAGCAUUGUUUGCACAUUAAACAUUUGUUUUU